AGCAGAAUCUACCUGCUGAGGAGGCUGAGGUCUCCUGGCCUGCAGGGGGCGCUGCUGAACACCUUCUUUACCUGUGGAGGCAUCAGCCAUCUUCUCUGGUCUGAUGGAGCAGCAGCUGAUAAAGUCAUGAGGAGGACCGGUUCUGACCCGGGACGUCCUCCCAGCUGCUGCUAGACUUUAUCAUCUCUGCUGCUCCAACAGACUCAGUCAGUGUUUGCAUCACACUGAUGGCUGCUUCUGCUCCGAUCACGGCUCACUUACUGUCUCCCAGGGGCUGAGGCCCAUUAACAUACAACAGUCAGUUCUGAAACCAGUAACCACUAUCAGGUGUGAACCGAUCGGUGAGAAGAUGCUUCGCAGGAAACCGACUCGUUUGGAGCUAAAGAUCGACGACACGGACGAAUUUGAGAGGGUUAAAAAGGAGCUUGAGGCCAGGAAACGACAGCGAGAGGAGGCGGGCUCAGGAGCUGCAGCGGCCGGAGCUUCUGUCAUUGGCGUGGAUAUGAUGGGGGGCGGAGCCUCCGCCUCCUCCGCAGCCGCCUCCAGGGCGGAGCUUAUCAACGAGCGAAUCGGCUACAAGCCCCACCCCAAACCAGCCACGCUGCCCACCUUAUUUGGAAGUUUACAGUUUUAAUAAAGUUUGGACAGGUUGAA